AUGGUCGACUCGUCCGCAGCCAUCCGCCGGGGCCACCCCAUCAGCUUCCUGCUCUUCACCUUUGUCGCCUUCAUCGUUGCCGUGAUUGCGUCGACGCUGGUGGCCGACUACAACUCGAACGGCAACGCGCCAACCAAGGGCAUUGAGAAUGCCACCCGCUUCCUCCUCUUUGCCGGCUGGUGGGGCUUCCUCAUCGGCGCCGUCUACGUAAGUCUGCUCGAACGCGCCGAGAUCCCGCCGGCAUCUGCUUCCGCAGCCGUCGCGCAGACCGGUCUUUUCCUUGCCAGCGUCGGCGGCGUCAUCACCUCGAUCGCCGGCCACGGAGUCGCUCUCUUCCUCACCUGGAUCUUCUGGCUCGCCGGUGCCGCUGCCCUCACCGACCGCACCGGCGGCUCGUUCAGCUGUGCCGACAAGGGCUACCCAUUCCCUUACUGCAACUCGACCAAGGCGCUCAUGGCUUUCGCCUGGAUCGGCUGGAUCAUCCUCACCCUCAUGUUUGCCGUCGUCGUCUUCUUUGGCGCGCGCGCCUUCUCCGGUGGCCGCUCCGUCAAGGAGUCGCUCGCAUAA